AUGGCUGUCUCCUUGCCAUCCACCCUGGGACCCAGUUCUGUCCCAGAGGAAAUCCAGCACCCACAUAUGAAAUUUUCAGAAUGGAAAUUUAAGCUCUUCAGGGUGCGAUCCUUUGAGAAGGCACCUGAAGCUCCAAUGGAAAAGAAAGAUUCCUCUGAGGAGACACCCUCUCUUGAGCAAUCUUCAGCAGUUCUGGAUGAGGCUGGUAGUGAGAAGCCAGUCCUGUCUCAGUCAACACUGAAGCCCCACCCUAAAUUUCUGAAGCAUUCCCAUGAUGCUGUGAAAGCAAGAGACAAAGUCAUUCACCAAGCCAGUCUUCGACAGCUCUGCCGCAUCUGUGGAAAUCCUUUCAAAGCUGCAGGACACCACAGGCGAUAUCCAGUCCAUGGGCCUGUGGACAGCAAAACCCAAGGCCUUUUACGAAAGAAGGAAAAGAGAGUCACUUCCUGGCCAGACCUCAUAGCCAAGGUUUUUCGGAUCGAUGUGAAGACAGAUGUUGACUCCAUCCACCCCACUGAGUUCUGCCAUAACUGCUGGAGAAUCAUGCAGAGGAAGUUUAGCAGUGCCCCAUGUGAGGUGUACUUCCCAAGGAAUGCAAACAUAGAAUGGCACCCUCACACAUCAUCCUGUGAUAUCUGUCACGCCUCUAGUCGGGGCCUCAAGAGAAAGAGUCAGCAGUCAAAUGGACAACUCAGCAAAAGACUCAAAAGUGUGGUUGAUCAGGCAAGACAAAUCCAUCAACGUAAGAAACGAAAUCAGGCAAAGAUCAGCAGUAAGAAAGCGAUGAAGAAGAUCACCAACUGCAGUAAGAUUCAUCUUAGCACCAACCUUCUUGCCGUCGACUUCCCAGCCCAUUUUGUAAAAUCUGUCUCCUGCCAGAUUUGUGGACACAUUCUGACUGACCCCGUGCAGACCAGCUGCAAGCAUGUGUUCUGCAGGAUCUGCAUUCUCAGGUGCCUCAAAGUCAUGGGCAGCUACUGUCCCUCCUGCAGAUAUGCCUGCUUCCCUACUGACCUGGAGAGUCCAGUGAAGUCCUUCCUGAGCAUCUUGAAUUCCCUGCUGGUGAAAUGCCCAGCCAAAGGGUGCAAUGAGGAGGUCAGCUUGGAAAAGUACAAUCACCAUGUCUCCAGUCACAAGGAGUCAAAAGAGACCCUUGUGCAUAUUAACAAAGGGGGGCGGCCCCGACAGCAUCUCCUGUCCCUGACCCGGAGGGCUCAGAAGCACCGCCUGAGGGAGCUCAAGAUGCAAGUCAAAGCUUUUGCUGAUAAAGAGGAAGGUGGAGAUGUGAAAUCUGUGUGCCUGACCUUGUUUCUACUGGCACUUCGCGCAAGGAAUGAGCACAGACAGGCGGAUGAGCUGGAGGCCAUGAUGCAGGGGCGAGGCUCGGGUCUGCAGGCUGCUGUCUGCUUGGCAAUCCGUAUCAACACCUUCCUCAGCUGUAGUCAGUACCACAAGAUGUACAGAACGGUGAAAGCUAUCACAGGGAGGCAGAUUUUUCAGCCUCUGCAUGCUCUGCGGAAUGCUGAGAAGGUCCUGCUGCCAGGCUACCACCCGUUUGAGUGGCAGCCACCGCUGAAGAAUGUGUCUUCCAGCACUGACGUGGGCAUUAUCGAUGGUCUGUCUGGACUGUCCUCCUCUGUGGAUGACUACCCAGUGGACACCAUUGCCAAGAGGUUCCGCUAUGAUUCAGCUUUGGUGUCUGCACUGAUGGACAUGGAGGAGAACAUCUUGGAAGGCAUGAGGGCCCAAGACUUGGAUGACUACUUGAGUGGCCCCUUCACUGUAGUAGUGAAGGAAUCUUGUGAUGGAAUGGGUGAUGUGAGCGAGAAGCACGGCAAUGGGCCAGCCGUUCCAGAAAAGGCAGUUCGUUUUUCCUUCACUGUCAUGAAAAUCACCCUAGCACAUGGAUCUCAGAAUGUAAAGGUGUUUGAGGAAGCCAAACCCAACUCUGAACUGUGCUGCAAGCCUUUGUGCCUCAUGCUGGCAGAUGAGUCUGACCAUGAGACCCUGACUGCCAUCCUGAGCCCUCUCAUUGCUGAGAGGGAGGCCAUGAAGAGCAGUGAAUUAAUGCUGGAGAUGGGAGGCAUCCUCCGUACAUUUAAGUUCAUCUUCAGGGGCACUGGGUAUGAUGAGAAACUUGUCAGGGAAGUGGAAGGCCUUGAGGCCUCUGGCUCAGUCUACAUCUGUACUCUUUGUGAUGCCACUCGCCUGGAAGCCUCUCAAAAUCUUGUCUUCCACUCCAUCACCAGGAGUCACACUGAGAACCUGGAGCGCUAUGAGGUCUGGCGUUCCAAUCCAUACCAUGAGUCUGUGGAAGAACUGAGGGAUCGGGUGAAAGGAGUCUCAGCAAAACCCUUCAUUGAGACUGUCCCUUCCAUAGAUGCACUGCACUGUGACAUUGGUAAUGCAGCUGAGUUCUACAAAAUUUUUCAGCUAGAGAUAGGGGAGGUGUAUAAGAACCCCAAUGCCUCCAAAGAGGAAAGGAAAAGAUGGCAGGCUACACUGGACAAGCAUCUCCGGAAGAAGAUGAACCUGAAGCCAAUCAUGAGAAUGAAUGGUAAUUUUGCCAGGAAGCUCAUGACCAAAGAGACUGUCGAAGCAGUCUGUGAGUUAAUCCCCUCAGAGGAGAGGCAUGAAGCUCUGAGGGAGCUGAUGGACCUUUAUUUGAAGAUGAAGCCUGUGUGGCGGUCAUCAUGCCCUGCCAAAGAGUGCUCAGAAUCCCUCUGCCAGUAUAGUUUCAACUCACAGCGUUUUGCUGAGCUCCUCUCCACCAAAUUCAAAUACAGAUAUGAGGGUAAAAUUACCAACUAUUUUCACAAAACGCUGGCACACGUUCCUGAAAUUAUUGAGAGGGAUGGCUCCAUUGGGGCAUGGGCUAGUGAGGGAAAUGAAUCUGGUAACAAACUGUUCAGGCGCUUCCGGAAAAUGAAUGCCAGGCAGUCCAAGUGCUAUGAAAUGGAAGAUGUCUUGAAACAUCACUGGCUGUAUACCUCCAAAUAUCUACAGAAGUUUAUGAAUGCUCAUAAUGCAUUAAAAAACCCUGGGUUUACUGCAGACUUGCAGGCAAGCAUAGGGGAUCCAUUAGGCAUAGAGGACUCUUUGGAAACUCAAGAUUCAAUGGAAUUUUAA